AUGUCUCCAUGGGCGUGCCGCCUUUUCUCGGAGAUUGAUCCAGAAACGGGACAGAAGCAGGUGGUGGAAGUGAAGGUCUGGGAAGAGCCAUGGACCAUUGUGCUGGUGCUAUGUGCUUGCGGUGUCUUCGUCUUGAAUUUGAUGCUCAUUGCCUUCGGCUAUGCUUGCAAACAUUCAGACAGGUUAUACGCCCUGGGCAUCCGCCUGUCUUUCGCCUGGGAGCGGUGGCAACAACGUGCCACGGAGCCCAAGGGUCCGCCUGAGAGGGCGUUUGCGAGCCUGCUGCGCAUGCAGCGGUCUUGUUUGAGGGCUUUGCGGCUUCCAACUGGGAGUCAGGACAGAGCCUUGAGACGAGAAGAAAAGCAGCGACAGCUGAUGCUGCUCAUCGAACAACAGCUGAAGGAGGAGGAGGAAGCGGAGUUGGAGUUGCAAGGUGUAGGCAGCAAAGGCAGCAAAGACGAGCCUCCAAUGUUCACCUUGCGACGAGGAAACCUAAGAGAGGAGAAAGAGAAACGUGAGAGAGAAGAAGCAGCGCGAGCAACAGCGCGGAAGAAGUUGGCGGCCAAGCAGUUGCGAAAGAUGUUCAGGAACAGCCGAAAGAAGAAAGCCUCCAACUUGCGGAUCCUGGAGAACGAUGGAAACCUUCCACCUCCAGGUCAAGAUCCAGCCUCCACGGGCGACAGCUUCUACAGUGCGAGCUCCUCGUCAGAGGAGUUCGAUAAUCAGAUCCAUCCCUGGAAUUCAGAAGAAGUCCUUGAAGAGGAGGCUCGUGCGCUGUUCGAGCCAUUCCUGCCCUGCGAUGAUGCGCAGCUCCGAAAGGUUUACCUGAGAUUGGCCUUGAAGUAUCACCCGGACAAGCACCCAAAGGCGGAGCGUUCUGCUGCCACAAGCCUUUUUCAGGCCAUUGCUGCAGUCUAUGAGGAGCUGCUGCGGCCCUUCGGUGGUCGGAUCCCGAAGCGAGUGAAGACGCAAGUGGCAGCGGCUGCGGAGCUGGGAGAUGUCAAGGAGUUGCAGCGCCUCUUGAUUGAGUUGCCUUCGCGUGCGAUCGAGGAAGACUAUGUCGGAGCGGUUCCUUUGAUGUUUGCGGCCAAAGGAGGAUCUAUUGAAGCAGCUGAACUGCUGGUGAGCUACAAGGCUGAUGUGCAUGCUGAGACGCCCUUUGGUUGGUCGGUCUUGGUUUACGCCGCCUUGUCGGACCAGGGCCCAAUGGUGCGCUGGCUGGUGACAAAGGGUGCACGUGUGACAGGGCAUGAGUUGCAGCUGGCAGCAUUUGGUGGAUACCAGAGGGGUUUGGAAGCCUUGCUGGACAAUUACAACAAAGAACUUUCCUCUGUGACGACAAGCUCUGGCAACAACUUGCUGCACCUUCUUUGCUUGGGAAUCUUGAAUCUUCCGAAGGACCACCCAGAGCGUUAUUUGAAGUGUUUGGACUUGCUUUCCAACAAGGUGCCACUGGAUGCAAUCGACAGGCGAAAGGGUCUCAGCCCAAUACAACUGGUUGCAGGGCAUGGGAAUUGGCAUGAGCAUGGCCUGCAAGAUUCAGAAGUUCACCUGGUCUUCGUCGAGCGGCUGUGUGCUGCCAGAGCUGACCCGAGUGCAGAGAACAAGGAUGGAAAGAGUGCCAUCUCCUUGGCAAAGCAAAGGAACCUACCACAGGUUGAGGCCAUCCUUCAAAGAUUCACAAUCUCGCGCCUGUGA